UCUCACAGGAUGUGAGGAGAAAUUUCCAGAGCAACAUUUCCCUUUUGCAGAAGAGACAGACAGUGUGAGCUGAACCAAGAAGGAUGUCCUCUCUGUUUAGGAGACCCUCAUCGACCAGGCUGCUGCUGAUGAAAGACAUUCAGCAAAAUCGCAGGUCAAGCAUCUACAGCAAGCCACCUAAGGAAAAGAUCGGGCCAGUGCAGUCUGUCUUUGCCUUGUGUGUGUUUGCUGUGACUCUGCUGGCUCCGGCUGGAUGGAUCAUGCAUCACAUCCCAGAAUAUCGGCAGAAAUCACCUCCACAUCCCUGACUCCUGCAAGAACUCCACCAAAGCACUGCUAUUUUACAAAGCUCUUUCCAGUGUGUAGAAUGUAAUGAAUGGAAGUACAACCUUUGUUAAGUCUAAAGUAUAAGAACCUAAAUGAGAAAUCUGCUGUAGAAUGUUUUAUAAAGCAAGUUGGAAAAACUGGG